GAGGAGGGUCACUGAGCGUCCAGGAAACAACUCCCAAACUCAGGGGCUCGGUCUGGAGGAGACGGGGAGUGGUUUGUAGCUGGAAAAGCUGACAGGCGAACAAGUCAGAGGGGAGGGGAAUAUAAGGAGAGAGGUGGCUGCCUUGACUUUGAGUUGGUCAGUGAAGGCCUCAUGCAGCUUCUCAGCAGUGUCUCUGUUCCAUUUUUAUCCGCCUGACGCUGGUCGGUUUUCAGUUAAUCUCACCGUGAGCCCAGAGGGAAGGGAAAUAAAGGAGUACAUCACAGAAGGGGGGGGACGCAAAGGAAAGGAAACAUGGCUGCUAUAAAUAAACAACAGAAGCGGACUGUGGACCGACGGUAGUCAACUGUCUGGAUUUACUCUGGAGGGACAGACACGCGACCCAACGCCAACUGAGAUGACCCAGGAACAGUGCUCUCAUAGGAACAAUGUCCAGAGUUCAGAGAAACCACAAGUGUACAAAGUGGGAAUAUACGGCUGGAGGAAACGCUGCCUUUACUUCUUCGUCCUGCUGCUAAUGAUCCUGAUCCUGAUCAACCUGGCACUAACUAUUUGGAUCCUCAAGGUCAUGAACUUCACCAUUGACGGCAUGGGCAACCUGAGAAUAACAGAAAAGGGCCUGAAACUGGAGGGAGACUCUGAGUUCCUCCAACCUCUCUAUGCCAAAGAAAUCCGGUCCAGUCCAGGCCGCCCGCUGUUCCUACAGUCAUCCAGAAACGUCUCGGUCAACAUCGUGAACAGCAACAACCAGCUGCUCACGCAGCUCGUCACAGGAUCCAGCGGUUUUAAAGCGCGAGGGAAGAUGUUUGAAGUCAAAUCCACCUCCGGGAAGCUGCUGUUUUCCGCUGAUGAGCAGGAGGUGGUGGUCGGUGCAGAGAGACUCCGAGUGAUGGGGGCCGAAGGAGCAGUGUUCAGCAAAUCUGUGGAGACGCCGCAUGUCAGGGCCGAGCCGUUCAAAGAGCUACGGUUGGAGUCUCCCACUCGCUCUUUACUGAUGGAGGCCCCAAAAGGAAUCCAGAUACUGGCCGAGGCCGGAGACAUUCAGGCCAUCUGCAGGAAUGAGCUGCGGCUGGAGUCCAAAGACGGAGAGAUUGCUCUGGAUGCUCAGAGGAUCCGUCUGAUGAGGCUGCCAGAAGGAAAAUCCUCCUCCAGCUCCUCGUCCUCUGGGACUAGGCAGACUGUCUAUGAAGUUUGCGUUUGUCCUAACGGGAGACUUUUUCUGUCCCUUGCUGGCGCCGGAUCCACCUGCCAGAUCAACAACAACGUCUGCCUCUAGGACUACAACUCUAGGAUUUUGUACAACUAUAAAUAAGAUAUUUGGUUGGGGGGGAAUGACACACAGAGCAGGUCAGUGUACAAACGCUGUCUGCCUCUAGGUCAAUGGCGAUUACAAAGACUGCCAGAGCCAAUGGACAAACAGAUAAGCGUCAUUUUUCAAUCAAAACGCUUUAACCUUAGCUUCUACUGAUGUGUUUAAAAAGUCAAUAAGGACAAGUUUGCUUUAAGGUUUCUGAGAGGUGUCAAAUUUCAGUGCGAACAUAUAUUUUUCCCUAACUUCUACAAGACUCUAAAAAUUACAGGUUUCAGUACCUUUUUAAUACAGAAGGACAGAAUGGCACUUUUUGCUCUUCCCUGGAUAGAGACAAGUAUAUGAGGUUGAUGUUUGUAUCGUAAUGGCUUGACUCUAAAUGACUCACAUGACACAGCUAUUUAUUAAUAGCAAGCAAACAGAAAACACUUCACGUAGAAAUGCAGUGAGUAUUUUCUCCUGACAGAAAUGGAGAGGAAAUUCCUCUGAGAUCUACUAUAAGAGACACUGAUCUACUCCAUUUUUUUCCCCUGGACCUUCUCAGUGCCAGAACCACUGGGGUAAUCACCCAUGACAACAGGUCAAGUAUCUUUGCUAUUUAAAUUUGGUUUUACAAAACAAUUGAGAAAUAUUUUAGCUGCUGUGUUUGCAUUUGCUUUUAUUUGCACAUACAAAUUUACAGUUUCUAAGUUUGGCCAUAUUACCUUCACAUCAAAAUUUGCAAAGUCUGAGCAUUGAACUUAAGUUCAAUCAAAUUACAACAUUUUCUUAAGGUUUUUGUGCAUAAAAUAUUCAGUAUUUGUCUUGUUCUCCACAUUUAUCCAAAAUGUCUUUUAUCACACAACCAGUUAAGAACAAAUCAAUCACACCCAAUUGAUUAAAUAAUCAAGUAUUAAAAUAAGUGAUUAUUGUUCACAAUGCUGCAGAGAAAUUAGACCCUGAGGUGUCAUACAUCUUGAAAAUAUAUCUAAUUUUAGUAAAAUUCUAAUGUAAAGUAGUGUGUUUUCAACUCUCAACAGCUGUUUUGUCAUUUUGCUUUUUUAACAAAAAUCUAUUUUCCAACCAGGCUGCUCAGAGACACAAAACUUACAUUAUGUUGAUUUUAAAACACUAUAAAUGAGUAAAAUUAGCUGCCUGAACUCUUGUGGUGAUCACCCUACUGGUUUCUUGCACUGUAAGUUUAAAAAAAUAAAUUGAACCACUCUUUUGAAAGAGGGGAAUUGUGCCUGUGCCUUAUGUCAAUGCACUCGUGGCAAGAAGAAGCACAUCAGACAAACUUUCUUUGGCAUUAAUGAGCUUCAUGGUCUGAUUUUAGUUUGGUUUUUAUCCAGUUCACAAACCUUUUCCUUGUGUGCGAAUGCAAAGACCUUCAGCCGCCUCCGACUGGAGACGCUCACAUCCGACUGCUAUAGGGGAAACAAUAUGGUGGGUUUUGUGUAUUACAAGUUAUAUUUUUGGUUUUGAAAUAUUGUGUUAAAGCUUAACUUGGCAAUCAUGUGAAAGUGUGGAGUUCAAACUGUAUUAGUUUAUUUUUAAACACUUUGACACUUACCUUAAGAAUACAUUAAAAUAUAUUUUUGUCAUUAGAAACAUGUUUCAAAGUCCACCUAUAGUCUUCAGAAUUUGUUAAAUUCUGCACAGGUGAUGUAAAGAUAUACUUUCCAGAAGUUUUACUAACUUGUUUAAUAACUAAAAAAAAGAUCCAAGCUAAUGAAAUUCUUGGGUAAGAGUUUGGACACGUGAAAUCCAACUAAAGAAAAGAUGUUUUAUAAAUUGUGUUGUACAUUUUAACUUGCAAACCUCCAUUUUCUUGUGAUUAUAACACCCCCUCAACAUUGGCAGUAUUGUGGCAAUGUUCAGCUUUUAAAUUACCAUUACAAUACUCAAACUUCCCAUGUACAGGUGAAGGGUUAACAGACAAUGAGGCAAAAACUCAAGCUUGACAAUUAUGUGUCAAAAAUGUGCCACGUAGUACAGCAUUGGUCAGUAAAAAAUACAAAAACUUAUUUGAUCAUCUUUGCUGUUGUUUUUUUAAACUCCGUAUGUUCAAAUAAAGCUUUUGUUGAGAUAUGAAGGACUUCUGUUGAUGGUGAAAAAAGUAGUCACUUUAGUUGACAGUUUUAAUAACAGUGUAUGAAAAUCACUUUAUUGAAGAUUAGGCUUUUGUCAAUGUUUGCAGUUAAAAGAAAGGAAACAUAGAUGUUGGUUGCACUUUGAGAUUUCUUUGAAAUGUAAGGUGCGUUACAAAUGAAAUUUAUUAUUAUUAUUAUUAUUAUUAUUAUUAUUAAAAGAAAAAGGUGUGUAUGUAAUGUGCUCAACAACUGUUUGGAAAACAGAUGAAAACCACUUUAAGACAAACAAAAGGGAUUUAAUUUUAGAACAUAUUAAUGUUGAUCUUUAGAGAAAGGUUUUUUCUUGAUUUACUAGCCAUAUGAUGUGUUUUAACCUUCCAGCAGUUGCUGGGAUUCAGGAGUCUCUCUGUGAGGAAGGGAAGGGGUGGAGUUCUGUUUGCAGCUGCAUUGUGCAAAGUUGUGAACCAACUAGAGAUGAAACAUGGACAGGAGGUGAAAAUGCCUCAUUUUGUAGUUAUUUUGAUGCAAGUUAGUAUCUUUAAUAACAUGAAUCAUUUUAGAAUUGAUUUGAUCAAAAUAUUUUUUGACAGAUCCCAUUUUGAAUCACCAUAAACUAAACAUAUGUAUGAAGCUAAUCCAGAUGCUUGGGUGCUUUACCAAAAGACAGUCAACACAAGUACAAGAAUACUUCAGAUUUGUAGCAGGAAUGGAUUUUUGUUUCUAUAUCUUCAAGAUGUCCUACUCCAAACAUUGAGUUAUAUUUUAUACAUUUAUGAAUAAUUUGUGACAAAAGAUAUGAUUUUCCAUUACAAGAGACUUGCAGAUGGCAUCCUCACUCUGUGUAGCUAUUUAUAUCACCAUAUUGGUUAUCAAUCCAACGUUAAGCGAUGUUCAAAUAAAUGGUGUGGAUGAAAACUGCUGUAAAGUUUUCAACACUGAUCUAAAACUAGCUGAAGACAGAGGCUAUCUAAACCAGAUAUCAUUCUCUGCACACUUCCAUUAAUCUGUUAAUGUGCUAAUAGUGGAGCUAAUGUUUCACUUUGUGUUUUGCUAACUUUUAAAAUGUUUAAAUUAAUUUUUCUGGAGAAAUUCCAGAAAGCUAAAUUACUUGGCUAUUUUGUAAACUUUCAGUCUAAUUUAGGUCGACAUCUGUGUUAAUGUUUUAGUUAAUGACUUAAGAAUUCAAGCAAUUAGCCAUUUUCAUUCUCUUAUUUUGAAGGGGUGGAAGAUGCUCUGUUUCCUCUCCUUUUGUUCUUUCUCUUUUUCUCUCCAUAUAACUGAUUUCAAACAAGAUACAAACAGAAACGAAAUACAAUAUUGACAAUAGAAAACAAUACACAGGCAUAACUACAAUAUCUAAGGGCCGUAUAGAACAUGUAAAGUAUAUCUAAAUUAAAUUGGUGCUUGAUGACUGUAGCCCUUUAAGGCCAGACAUAAUUAGAAUUUAAAUUAGUGCUAUAGCACUACCUUUUUAAAAUAAAGUAUUGAAAGCACUUUAUCAGAAUUAAUGUUUAUGAUUUGUGCUGUAGAGCUAGCACAGCUAAUUGUGUUUUUAGAGGUGUCCACUACUGUUAAUGACCCAUAUACAAGACAUUUGGUCUCGAAAAGCUACAUCUAUUUUUUUUAUUACCUGUUGCAAAGCAAAAUAAUAUUUUUUUAUUUUAUUUCAAAAAUAAGUUAUGGUCAAGAACAUAGGAAUAUUUCUAGUAUAUUUGGACAGAAGAUGGACCAACUAUAAACAUAAACUAAAUUUUUUUAAAGUUUACUCCUAUAAGUAAAGUUACCACCACCUUCAUAUGACACAAUUUAAUUAUUCAGCAUCUUCAGUGUUUUGUAUUCCCUCUUUGUAAUGUGUGCCAACUUCUGAUUCUGUCUCCUGUCACUGUACAUUAUAUAUUUUCCCACAAAACUCAACCUGAAUUUGCUGUAUUUCCUUUUUGAAUACAUGUAAAUAGACUUUCAUAGGGCUGUGAAUGUAAAUAAUAUAAACAGAAAUGCGGUGAUGCGGCGUUAAAGAGGAACGUUGCUCUUUUAGAAGCCUUUUUUUAUGUACAUGUUUUUAUACUAAAAGGGCAAAAGGUACUCGCAAAAAGUAAAAAAGGUAUUCAUGUUCAGCGGUGUAUAUAACGCUGGCCUGUGGAGAACAAGCUUGUUUUGAUUUUUUUUCAUGUUCUCGUGUCUCCAGCUGAGCUCAGAUGUUUGCAACAAUCACAAAGCUGCAGAUGUUUUUGUUUUCCUACGUUGGUGCUGAGGUCUUUGCAUUCCUUCUAAGAGUGCUGUGUGUAAAUUUGUGCUUGUAUGAGCUACGUUUGGUUCUUCUGCUCCGCUGAACGUUCCAACUGAAAACCUAAAGGGAAAAAAGCAGAAGAAACAUCUGCACAGUGUUGAGGAGUAUUGUUCUUGCACAUAUGUAGUUUACUCCAACAUUCCCACUGAAAUAUGUUUAGGUUUAAUUUAUUGCUAAUAACACAAGUUUAAAUUUUACACAUGCAGGAUUUGUUCUACUAAUCAGUCAGUUAUUUAGACAUGGUAAACAAUAAGUAAACUAAUUGAUACAGGAAAGAUUGUACCUACUUGUUAAACUACAUAAAUCCAACAAGGUGUAUAAAAACACACACACAGAACGAAACCCUAAAGUUAUUUACCUGGGCUGUGCCAAAAACAAUCCCCUCAGCGCUGUGCUUUCACUCUGAACACUGUGUACCUUCUUUUCUUGACAGCCCACUCGUUUUCCCAUCUUUUCUUUACUCUUCAGUCAGAAACUGCCGUUCAUGGAGUAGUUUUCAAAGAUGCCAAAAUAAAAAAAAGGCAUUGUUCAAACUG